UACACAAAGCAUAACAAACAGCAUAAACUAAGAUUGACAGCUGAUCCUUGCCAGUGCGCAACACAAUUAACAGAAUGUCAAGGAAACAACACAUAAACAUUAGUUCCUAGGACAGACGCAGACGUCACGUUCAGUGAGACGAGUGUGUGCUGCAAAGUCAUAUUUUUGAACCGUAUGGAACGCCAUAGACACUCUGCAUUAAGCCGUGUAGAGUAGCGUGUUACAAUACGUGUUAGCAAAACUGAAAACAAAUAACUUCACUGCUACACGUGAAUGACGCGUGACGUCUGCAUAGACGCUUCACGGCCACACGUGAUUUACGUGACGUCUGCGUUACGUCAACGUCUCGUCUGCGUCUUGAAUUCAAUGCAAUAAAUAGCAGAAUACAAAAACAGUUCAGACGUGGAGUGAGACGUUCAGUGAGACGAGUGUGUGCUGCAAAGUCAUUUUUUAGGACCGUAUGGAACGCCAUACAAUUAUGCAUCGUGGCUUGAGCGUCAACAUGUACUGAGCAACGUCAGCGUAAAUAAAUUAAUAUCUAUGAGUAUUUUGAGUACUUGCAGACAUUUAAUACAUUCUGAGGUAGAAGAGGAUUAAUGCAAAUGAUGUUAAAAACAUAGCAUUUUCACAAUAUAGAGGCAAAAAAUAUCCUUGCUACGGUUUAUUAGUCAUUCUAGGUAAAAUAUCUCUAUAAAAAGAUUGUAAAUCUUGUUUUUGUAACGUUAAAUAUUUGUCUACAAAUGUUUAAUGAAUAAAAAAGUACAAUAAACGGAAGUAUUUUUCUUAACCCAUGUGGUUUUGUUAUUUUGUCCAACUCUUUCAUAUUAUUUCAUUUUUGUUCAACCUGUAUCUAGAUAUAGUAUUUUAAUAUUAAAACCAUGCAACAACUUUAACAUGCACCGUUAAAACAUCCUUAUACCAAACCGAAAUAAAACAAAUAAAGCUGUCAAAGUUUAAAAAAAAAGUUUUUAUAACUGUAUUCAUUUUUACCACUUUCUUAUUCGAAUUUGAGCUAAAUGAGUCACAAAUGAACACAAAUCAAUACAAAAAAGGCCUAACAUUGUGUUUUCCGUAUACUUCAUAAGUACUUCUGCCACCCUACAGGCCUUCUGGAUAUUUACCAGAUACUGUUUUAGACAUGAACUUGAUAAAGUCCAUAUUUCUACAAGAAAAAAUAGCAAAGAGUAAAGGGAAUUUAAACAGGAAUAUAAUAUGUCUGGUCUGACCAUGAGGAAGGGAAUUUUUUGUGUGUGGCAUUGUUCAAUUGUCUUGUCAAAUUUCCUUCAACACAGUUCAUUUAGCACUAAAAUUCAUAAACAGUCUUGAAUAGGUCAAACGCCUGCGAUAUUAAUGACCUUUCAUAUUCCCACGCACAUUUUCUCCUAUUCUUUUCCACACAGUGGCAGGAAGUCGUCCAGAUAUCCGCAGUGCUUCUGAAAAAGAAUGAGGGACAAAUUUGGGGAGGGAGCUUUUAAGGGUGUACACAUGAACGUUCACACGGGUCACAGAGCAUUUCUGAUAACGCUGCAUCCAUCGGGGGAAACCGACCAAGAAACAGCCACGAAUGAGAAGGCACCUGGUUGUGAUUCAUAUUCAAGAGGAUGGUGUAUAACAUCAGGAGAGGAGGAACAGACUUUCAUUUGUCUGAGUGGCCUAUCAUGUACCUGACUGUGACAUUAACCUUCCUCAUAUGGUCCCUCGGCAGAUUCUCUCAAGCCUCUCCUAGUGAUCCGUACGUCAGCUGCGCGGCAGGAAAAGCUUGCCAGGCCAAGUUUGCCAACGGAGCGUGUGACCAGGAAUGCUCAAGUUCUGCGUGCUUGAGAGAUGGAUUUGACUGCCUCAAAGACAAAGGCACCUGCACUGCAGGUUAUAUUCAGUACUGCCGAGAUCACUAUGACAACAGCCACUGUGAGCAGGGUUGCAACACCGCCCCCUGUGGAUGGGACGGUUCGGACUGCUACAGAAACCAGUACCCUAUCUGGGCCAAAGGCAGCUUCAUACUGCACACUAAAAUUCCAUUCCAGAAGGGUCAUUUCCAAAACACCUCUCUAUUGUGGGCCGUAAGCACGGUCCUUCAGACCAGCGUCAGAUUCAGAGGAAUGGCACCGUUCCAAGUUACCAAUGACCUUCUUACAAUGGACACUCGACAGCUGGCUGACCUGUACGCUCAACCUCCAUCCUAUGACAGUGAUGGGUCAGUGUUAUUCCUGCAGCUGGAUAACAGGCCGUGUUCCCGUCUUCCCUCCACCUGUUUCCAGUACGCUAUUGAGGCUGCACACUUCCUGAGUGCCAUGAUGUCACAGAAGCAUCCUUUAUUUCCCAUGAUCCCUGAGAUCCAGGCGACUGUGAUCAGCGUGCGAGGGGUGGAUGAGGAAAUCGGAACCAGAGAGGAGGUGAAACUUCCAAAAGAGGAGCGCAACGCCUCUCCCUCCUGGAUGUGGCCGGUGGUUGGUGUGGUGACUGGACUCGCCGUGGCGGUGGCUGUGAUUAUUGCCGCGGUGUUCCUGUGGUUAAAGAGAAGACGUCACAGGCGUGAGGAUGGAGAACGUGUGCGACACAGGUCCACGGCGACAGACGGCAACAACGGCGGCAAGGCCUGGACUCGACGUGCUGACCAGCAGGAGAAAAGAGGGAGAAGAGAAAAAGACAGUCUGAAGAAAAAAAAGAAAGGAAAUGAUUUGGGGAAAAGCCGUAAAGAGCCACUCGGCGAGGAUUCUAUUCGCAUGCGACCCCUUAGGAAGGAACUUGACAUCGGAAGUGACACUGACAUGACCCAGAGCUCCAUGGAAGACAUCAACAAGACGAUCUGUGACCACAGAUCACCAGACCAAAAACACUUCCAGGUCAACCAUCAGCAACCCCGAAUGCUGGCUCCCCCUAGAGGAUGGGAAAGAAACUCAAUUCAGCCACCUCCAAGACCACCAAGAAAUACGGCUCCAGUGCAGUGGUGCGGACCGGAUGGCUCUGUCGUGUUGAUCCGAGCUGUCAGGAGUGGUCUUGACCGAGUGGUUCUGGAGCUCCUCAGAGCCGGAGUGCCAGUCAAUAACACGGACCACACGGGGAGAUCUGCCCUCCACUGGGCAUGCUCAGUAAAUCACCUGCCAUUGACCCGGACUCUCGUACGCUACGGCGCAGCUGUGGACUUGCAGGAUCAUAAGGGCGAAACAGCUUUGUUUCUCUCGGCCCUCCACGGUUGCUACGAUACGGCACGCUUCCUCCUCCUCAAUGGGGCCAAUCAGGAGCUGUCGGAUUGCAAAGGGCGGCGUCCGCUGGAUGUGGCUCGUGAGGGAUUACAUCAUCAGGUCCUCGAGCUCCUACUGGCUCACAGAGUUCAAAGGGGGCCGGUUCCUCUAGAUCCAAACACUGAGGUGCUCUGGGACGAUCGCACCUACGUGUACUCGCCGUGGGUAGCGUCGCCUCCAUGUCUUCCUGGAAGGAGCGCCUCUUUUUCAGGGGUCAUAGGUCACAGGGGGAUGUCUACGCCUCCACCCGAUGAUUGGCAGAUGAGCCGAGCAGAGUGCACUUCACCUCAGAACUGGCGUCCACCUCCCAACCAAUCAGCAACAGCUUUGGUCAGCCCCAGGAUUCUCGGUCGUCCAUCUCGGCCAAUCAGUACUCUCCAGGAAGUGACGUCAGAGGACGAAGAAAGGGAUAUAACCCAGGAAGUCUUAAGAGCAGCGACACCUCACUUCCUGUCUCCUCAACCCGCGCCCAGACAACGCUCCUUCUCCUGUACCCAGCAUGCACUGAACCGCCGCUCCAGCGCCAACCAACCAGAGCUGUCCGCCGCCACGCCGUCAGAGAAAACAGCCAAUGAGCACGUUGAAGUCGUGAUCGUGCCCCAAUCAAAAGAAGCAUCCCACCAAUCAGAAAAUAAAACAGCAGGAAACGUCCCGAGCUCGGCUCAGACAGAACCCGUAAGAGAAAACUCAAGGAACUCCAAUUCCAAAACCCAGAAUGAGAGAAUCAAUAAUGAGCCGAACAUCUCCAUCCAAACUACUAUGUGAGAGAAAAAGAGAAAACUAUAUAAACGUUGCUUACAUGAAGUGUUGUUUACAAUGUUUAAUGUAAAAAUAUAAAUUGGUAUUAUUGAGUAAACACAUCAAGAUCAUAUUUCACUUCUUGAAUUAAUUGCUAAAAAUAAACCUUUGUUUGGCAUCUUGAUGUUUUUAAUAUAAUUACAUUUGAUUCUCUCUGCAAUUCCCAUUACUGUAAUGCACCUAGACAGGUUUUAAUUGUGAUAUUUAAAUGUUACAUUAAACAAAUUAUUACAACGAAUGUUACACUUUUGCAAUACAAUAAUGAGAAUUAGAAGUAAAUGUGUAUAAAGGGUAAAGUUCACCUAAAACGAAUUUUUUUUUGCUUUAAAACACGUACAUGAGUCUUACUUCUGUGGAACACAAAAGAGGAUGUAAAUGUAAGAUAUUUUGAGAAAUGUCUUCGUGGUUUUGUGUUCAUACAAUGGAAGUCAAUGGGGUUCGGUGUUUUUGGCUACUGACAUUCUUCAAAAUAUCUUCUUUUGUGUUCUGCCAAUAAAGGUAAAUGUAAAGAAUGAAAUUCAUUUCAUUUUUAGGUCAAAUAACUUAUGAACAAAAAUCACAAUGCAAAGAAAAAAUGUUUGCGGGGGAUGAAUUUAUGCAUCAUGUCCCAGCUAGGUAAUUAGUUUAAAGUACCAUGGGUGCAUCAUAUUUGUAAGAUUUUUUUAAACGAUACGACCAUUGAAGCUCUUCUGAUGUGUUACGAACUAUUCAUGCAAAGCAGCGAGGUCGAUUCGAGGGGAAGCCCAUUACGAUUUGUGCAGAAAAUCAAUUCUCAUGUAUUCAGAAGUGAUGAAUGUGUACACAGACAGUCUUUAUUGUAAAAGAGGUAGAGAAUACAGGUGUUUCACUGUACAGAGAAAAGACAGCACUGUUGAUAUACUCAUUCAAACGGUAAAUAAAGACACGCAAACACGCCUCA